UUCUCUGCUCAGGGGAGUGACGCGGGGCUUCGGCGAGUUCCACUUCUGUCGCUUCCUCCAGGCGGUCCCCUGUGCGCAAGGCACAUUCCAAGGUUUGGGCUCCGGCGGGCGGAGCCUGGUGGCGGCGGGCACUGCGAUUGGUGGCUUUGAAGGCGCGGCGGGCGGGAACAGCUGCUGAGGAGCGAGGCGGCUGGAGAUGUGGGCCGUGCCAAAGAGAUGGAUGAGACUGUUGCCGAGUUUAUCAAGAGGACCAUCUUGAAAAUCCCCAUGACUGAAAUGACAACAAUCCUAAAAGCCUGGGAUUUUUUGUCUGAAAAUCAACUGCAGACCGUAAAUUUCCGGCAGAGAAAGGAAUCUGUGGUUCAGCACUUAGUUGAGCUGUGUGAGGAAAAGCGUGCAAGUCUCAAAGACGCAGCCCUUUUAGACAUCGUUUAUACUCAAGUUCAUCGGCACCAGAAAAUGUGGGAUGUUUUUCAGAUGAGUAAAGGACCAGGUGAAGAUAUUGAUCUUUUUGAUAUGAAACAAUUCAAAAGUUCAUUUAAGAAAGUUCUUCAGAGAGCAUUAAAAAAUGUAACAGUCAGCUUCCGAGACACUGAGGAAAAUGCAGUCUGGAUUCGAAUCGCCUGGGGAACACAGUAUACAAAGCCAAACCAGUACAAACCUACUUAUGUGGUGUAUUAUUCCCAGACACCAUACGCCUUCACUUCUUUCUCCAGGCUGAAGAGCAACAUACCCCUUCUGGGUCAGGCACUGACGAUUGCUAGCAAACACCAUGAGAUUGUGAAAAUGGACCUGAGAAGCCGGUAUCUGGACUCUCUUAAAGCUAUUGUUUUUAAGCAGUAUAAUCAGAACUUUGAAACUCACAACCCUACAACACCUCUACAAGAAAGAAGCCUUGGGCUACAUGUAAAUAUGGAUUCAAGGAUCAUUCAUGAAAACGCAAUGGAAAAAGAGAGAGUCCAAAGAGUAACUCAAGAAACUUUUGGAGACUAUCCUCAACCACAGCUAGAAUUUGCACAAUAUAAGCUUGAAACGAAGUUCAAAAAUGGAGGCAUCUUGGCUGAGAGGGAAGAACCCCUCCGGUGCCUAAUAAAGUUCUCUAGUCCACAUCUUUUGGAAGCAUUGAAAUCCUUAGCACCAGCAGGUAUUGCAGAUGCACCACUUUCUCCACUGCUCACUUGUAUACCCAACAAGAAAAUGAACUAUUUUAAAAUUAGAGAUAAAUAA